AUGCAGUUCAGCCUCUACCUAUCCAUUAAUCGCAGUGUCGAUAUGGCUUCGUCGAGCGCACCUACCAACCCCGGUACCCAUGAAGACCCUACAGCAGAUGCGGCUAGCAAUACCGAGCCUUCACUCGAGAUCGACUCUGCGAGCGAUGAGAGCGACUCUGCCUACGGAGAAGGGCAUUCUACGUAUACCAUUUCAGCAAAUUCGUCCGUUUUCAACUUUCGUUUCGAGAACGGAAGGAGGUAUCAUGGGUACGCGGAAGGCGAAUACUUAAUGCCAAACGACGAUGUAGAGAUGGACAGACUUGACCUCCAGCACCAUGCCUUUCGCCUCACACUUGACGGACAGCUUUAUCGAGCACCAAUCCCCAAGGAUGUCCAACGAGUGCUAGACGUGGGAUGCGGAACCGGUAUCUGGUCCAUUCAGUUUGCCGACGAACAUCCGUCUGCUCAAGUACUGGGAACCGAUCUAAGUCCUAUCCAACCUGACCAAGUGCCGCCAAACUGCGAGUUCCUCAUCGACGAUUGUACAAAGGAAUGGAUCUUCCAUAAUCUAUUCGAUUUCAUUCACACGCGCGCCAUGGUAACUUCCAUCAAGGACUGGAGUCGCCUGUUUGAGCAAGCAUACGUCAAUCUCAAAUCUGGCGGCUACAUUGAGUGUCAAGAGUUGACCUUCCCCAUCAAAUGCAUGGACCCUGGCGUCACAGCUGACAAUUCUCCUCUCAUGCAAUGGUCAGACCUUCUCUUCGAAGCCGCAGUGAAGAAUGGACUAGACGCUACCGGCCCUCGCCAUUUCGCUCUCAAACUCCGCAAUGUGGGCUUUGUCGGCGUCAACGUCAAAACCUACAAAUGGCCACUCGGCAAAUGGGCCAAGGGCGCCAGAUUCAAGCUCCUGGGCCGCUUCGUGUACGAAGACUUAUGGGACGGACUUCCAAGUCUGUCUCUUGGCUUGUUCACCAGAGUACUGCAAUGGUCGCGAGAGGAGGUCGAGGUGUUACUGGCUGAGUGUAGGCAGGAGAUGAAGAGGAAAGACCGACACUACUACGCCGAAGCGUACGUCAAGCCCAUUCUAUACUCAUGGAUUUACCUGCUGAUACGAUCAGUCUCUUUUGGUAUGCACAGAAGCCCGAAGGUGUCAGCAAGUCACACUCCGGAAAUGACCACAUACAGGACGAAGAGCUACUGGAGUCUGACGAAGAAGACGAAACAGAUCAGGUGCCUGGACUGACGUGA